GGAAGAAAAAGAGCGCUGGAUACGUGCGAAAUACGAGCAGAAGCUCUUCCUUGCCCCGCUGCAGUGCCUGGAGCUGUCUCUGGGCCAGCAUCUCCUGAGGGCUACGGCCGAGGAGGACUUGCGGACAGUCAUACUGCUCCUGGCCCAUGGGACUCGGGACGAGGUGAACGAGACCUGCGGGGACGGCGAUGGGCGCACGGCCCUCCACUUGGCCUGCAGGAAGGGAAAUGUGGUGUUAGUGCAGCUCUUGAUCUGGUACGGCGUCGACGUGAUGGCGCGCGACGCCCAUGGGAACACGGCGCUGGCCUACGCCCGGCAGGCCUCCAGCCAGGAGUGCAUCGAUGUUCUCCUCCAGUACGGCUGCCCCGACGAGCGCUUCGUCCUCAUGGCCACUCCAAACCUCUCCAGGAAGAACAACAACCGCAGCAACAGCAGCGGGAGGAUGCCCACCAUCAUCUGAGGAGCUCCCUCGUGUAUUGACCUGAAGUACAUCCGCAGCCUCAUAUUCCUCCAUCCCCAUCGCAGCUCUGCUCUGUGAGUCCAGUAACUCUCCUUUUCCCUUUUCCCUUCGGUACAUCCCUGUCCCAUCCGGAAACAGCGCGUCCGGAGAGCACAAGGGGAUGAGAAGGAGCGAAAGGGGCUGCAGAGAAAGCAGUUGUUUCCGUGACAGCUCUCGAACGAUGGGAACGAGCGGGCGAGAGCGGCGCGGGUUGAGCAGGACACGCCGCGCGUGGCACCGGGACCAUGGGAGAGCGGCCGUCCCCGGGGCAGGGGAUGCAGGCUCCCCCGGUGCCGAGGGAAGGGGUGGAGGGAGAGGCGAGCAAGAGGAGAAGGAGGGAGAGAUGGUGACUUUCCGUAACUGACAGUUAAGCACAUCAGUACAUUUCACCUCUACCGAACGCAACGCCUGGAUUUCAUUCUCUUCUCUGAAGAGCUUGACAGCAUAAAUCAGAAGCAAGCACAGAGUUUGUCAGGUUUGAAGCUCCUAUGAUGGUAUGUGUCAAAUCAGUUGUAGCUAAUCUGUCCGGGGAGAAUACUGGCUUCAUUACACUUGUAUAGUUGAGUUCUUCCAGCAUUACCGCUGUUUAAUAGAACAUGAUUAGUCAUCACGGAGAAAAAAGCAUAUUAGCUGAGGAGGUAGUUACAUGGCACGCUUCGGUGAUUGCUUGGAUGUGAUUGCAAUAUUCUUAGAAGCAUCAUAUUAUCUCAGACAUGUUCUUUCAAGCCCUUGGAGCCCUCCUUUCUAAAUUCACUGUCAUAAUUUAGUAUCUGUUUAAUUUUUCAGUCCAAAGAGAGGAAAUGAGUUGCUGAGUGUUAUUUGACUGCAGUCUCCUUGGUGUAAAAACAAAAUGGAAAAAAUAAAUAAGAGUAACUAUGAAACACAAAAAGGAAUAAUGAAUACCGCUAAGGAAAAACAUUUCAAGUACAUUUAGUGAAAUUAAUAAACGCAUUAAAGGCUAAUAUUUUUUCAGCCAGCAGAAAUAGGUUCUGUCAUUUUGUCAAGGUAAAUGUGUUGAGUUUUUGGUCACUCCUGUGAUGCAUUGCCUAACUCAUACAGAUUUUGGUAUUGUGUCUCUAGAUUAUAUGUAUGUAAAAUCUAUUUGAAUUAAAAAAAGCAUUAAUAUGCAUUGAUUUUUUUUUGUACAGAAAAAUUACAUCUCUGUUAAUUUAUAAACUGUAAUGGAUGUGAACUAAAUAAUGUGCAACUAGUUAGGGUCUGUGGAUUACAGGCCAUUGUACAUUGAAAAUAUUCCCAGCAGUGAACUCUUGUUUCCAUCACAAGCCUU